GCAAGAGAAUUUCUUGAAGUUAUGGCUGUUGCUAACAACACUGCUGAAGAUCAUGAGAUGUCGUUACUAUUCUUUUUGUGGUAUUUACAUCAGGCACAAGGUGUGAAUCAUAUUUGGCAGAUUAAGGGUGGUGCACAGGAAUGUAAAAUUAUUGGUGGAUCUCAGCAACUUAGCAUCAAGAUGGCAAAAAAUCUUGGAGAUCGAAUUCAUCUGAAAAAUGCAGUGGUACAAAUAAUUCACAUGAACGAUGGUGUGAUGGUCAAAACACUGGAUGGAACUGUUUUCAAUGGCUCACAUGUAAUAAUGGCUAUUCCUCCAUUUGCACAUGUAAGUAACGUUUACAGCAGUAAUUUAUUUAUCUGAAAAUCCAGAAGCUGAGGGUGCAAAUUAAGUGGGUUCCCCCCAGUGCAGGGUGUUGUUAGGACUAAAGGAGAUAAAACCAUCCAUUAAUAUAGGAGACUGAAUUUGUUCUCAGU